UGGCCAUGCAGUUUACUUUAAGAAAUAUAAAACAUAUUCUCAUCCUCACAAUACUUGUCGAAAACCCGUUUCUCGAAGCCCAAGCAGCCUUCAGGAGCAAGCGUGACCUUGUGACCCGGCCUGCGCUCUCCCGAAGCCCAGGUCAUCCCGGAGACCGAGGAACAGAGCUCGCGAGUGAGCUCGUGGCGAGGACGGUGAAUGAUUACCUUUCGUCCUGCCACCUCGUGCUUAUGACUUCGAGACGUUCGGAUCUUCUCGAGUCUUUGCUGAGGAAGGCAGAAAGCAUCGUCGAGAAUCCCCAUCCCAGGCGGGGUCUACGGAUGGGCACGGUGGCGGUGCAGGUCGAGAGUGCUAUGGCCGCGGCGCCCUCCUCGCGAACCGCCCUUCUGCAGGGACUCUGGGGCGCGGCCGAUGUCUCCUGCAGAGCGAUUGUGGUUGACUUGAUGGAUGGAAAUGAUCGUUCUGUGUUCAGGUGAUAGCGGGGGAAGGUUGAUGGAAUAAUUGACACAGUACACGAAGAACUUGUUGGUAGAUGAAUUUCGUUAUUUUUUUUUCUUUCUUUUUUUCUUAUUUUGUUAUUUUCUUCUUUCUUAGAACAUUAAUGGAAAUAACGCCCUUGGCAACUUAUCGUUAUUUGAGAUCUUCGUCAAGUUAUUCUUGUUAUUUGAUUUACCAUUGAGACUUUUGUAAAUCUUAUUCAUUUGUGGAUCUUUUACGUCUGAUUUCUUCCUAGAAAUGAUAAAGCCACAGCAGCAGACAGUCGCAUUGUUUAUCUUUAUUCACUAGUCAAAUAACAUGAUAGAUUUGUGUUUGUUCCAUUUGUAGUCGUACAGAUUAUCUUCACACUGGUCUGUUAUGUUCGAGGAA